AUGCGCGGCCCCCUGACCUGGCCGCUGCGGCUGCUCCUGAGGCGGGGCCCAGCCGCCCGCGCCCCCGGGACCCGGCCGCCGCCGACGCGCCUGGCGCCGGCGCGGCUUGGGGACGCGGGGCCGCCGCUCCUCGAGGGUGGCGAAGCCGCACGAGGCCCGCGGUGUCGGGCGGGCCGCUGCCCGGGCGGGGGUCCCAGCAGCCCCGCGGGCGGCGCGGGCAUGGCGCGGCUCCUGGCGCUGUGGGCGCGGCCCUCCGGGCCCUCCAGGUGCGGAGUGCUCGCCGGGCCCGGCGUCCCCCGGCUCCCGCGCGCCGCGCUCCCCGGCGGCCCAGCGGCGGUCGCGCGGGCCGGGGGCGAGGCUUGGCUGCGCGAGCCGGCCUUGCCUGCGGCCGCGGCGACCCCCGGACACGACCCGCUGCAGCGGCCCAUGACUGCCGGGCGUUCGGAGGCCCAGAAGCUCCUAAGGCUGGCGCAGCCCGAGCGCCGGAGGCUGGCAGCUGCAGUUGGGUUUCUGACGGUGUCCAGUGUCAUCACCAUGUCCGCCCCCUUCUUCCUGGGGAAGAUAAUCGACGUCAUUUACACAAACCCUUCUGCGGACUACAGCUCCAGCCUGACCCGCCUCUGCCUGGCGCUCGGCGGCGUGUUCCUGUGCGGCGCCGCAGCCAACGCCAUCCGCGUCUACCUCAUGCAGACGGCAGGUCAGCGCAUCGUGAAUAGGUUGAGAGCUUCGCUCUUUGCCUCGGUUCUCAGGCAGGAGGUCGCUUUCUUUGACAAGACGCGCACCGGAGAGCUGAUCAACCGCCUGUCCUCGGACGCGGCCCUGCUGGGGCGGUCGGUGACCGAGAACCUCUCGGACGGGCUCAGGGCUGGAGCCCAGGCUUCCAUUGGCGUUGGCAUGAUGUUUUUUGUCUCCCCUAAUCUGGCCACUUUUGUUUUGAGUGUGGUGCCUCCAAUAUCCGUCCUUGCUGUGCUUUAUGGCCGAUACCUACGGAAGCUGACCAAAGUCACUCAGGACUCCCUGGCACAAGCCACUCAGCUAGCUGAGGAACGUAUUGGAAAUAUAAGAACUGUUCGAGCUUUUGGGAAAGAAAUGACUGAAAUAGAGAAAUACACCAGCAAAGUGGACCAUGUGAUGCAGUUAGCAAGGAAAGAGGCAUUUGCUCGGGCUGGUUUCUUUGGAGCAACUGGGCUCUCUGGGAACCUGAUCGUGCUUUCUGUCCUGUACAAAGGAGGACUGCUGAUGGGCAGUGCCCACAUGACAGUGGGUGAACUCUCUUCCUUCCUAAUGUAUGCUUUCUGGGUUGGAUUAAGCAUUGGAGGUCUGAGCUCCUUCUACUCAGAGUUGAUGAAGAGCCUGGGUGCCGGGGGCCGCCUCUGGGAGCUCCUCGAGAGAGAGCCGGGGCUUCCUUUCAAUGAGGGGGCCAUUUUAAACGAGAAGAGCUUCCAGGGCGCUUUGGAGUUCAAGAACGUGCAUUUCGCCUAUCCAGCUCGCCCAGAGGUGCCCAUAUUCCAGGAUUUCAGCCUUUCUAUCCCAGCAGGAUCCAUCACAGCGCUGGUUGGCCCAAGUGGUUCUGGCAAAUCAACAGUGAUUUCUCUCCUGCUGAGGUUGUACGACCCCAGCGCUGGAACAAUCAGUCUUGAUGGCCGUGAUAUCCGUCAGCUAAAUCCAGUCUGGCUAAGAUCCAGGAUUGGGACAGUGAGUCAGGAACCAAUUUUGUUUUCUUGCUCAAUUGCGGAGAACAUUGCCUAUGGUGCAGAUGACCCUUCCUCGGUGACGGCCGAGCAGGUAGAGAAAGUGGCUGGUGUAGCCAAUGCAGCUGCUUUCAUCCGACAUUUCCCUCAAGGGUUCAACACUGUGGUCGGAGAAAAGGGCGUUCUCCUCUCAGGUGGGCAGAAACAGCGAAUUGCGAUUGCCCGUGCUCUGCUUAAGAAUCCCAGAAUUCUUCUCCUAGAUGAAGCAACCAGCGCACUGGAUGCUGAAAAUGAGUACCUCGUUCAGCAAGCUCUGGAUCGACUGAUGGAAGGAAGGACAGUGUUCAUCAUCGCCCAUCGUCUGUCCACCAUUAAGAAUGCCAAUAUGGUAGCUGUCCUUGACCGGGGGAAGGUCACCGAGUGUGGGAAACACGAAGAACUGCUUUCGAAACCAGAUGGGAUAUACAGGAAAUUAAUGAAUAAACAGAGUUUUAUUUCAGCGUAAAGAAGCAAUUAUUGGUAAACUUAAUAUGAGACACUUUAAAGCAAAGCAGCACUGCAGGAAAGAAAAUUUUUAAAAUCCCAGGCUGUAUGAAAUCUGUAAAUCAUACUUCAAGUUAUUUGAAAUCUGCCUAUUUUUUCCAAAGAUUGUAAAAUAUUGUUUUGAGACCGACCUGUUCUCAAGACCUUUUUAUUCAGAGUUUUAAUAAUUGUAACUUUCUAAAUGUCUAGCUCACUGAAGUUAUUUUCAGGUUUUGUACUUUUAUCUUGGAAUAUUUUGAUUAAUAUAGCCUGGCACCUCACUUUCUUUUAUCUGCUGUUAUAAAUUGAAGCUAUUGUCAAAUGACAACUUUUAAAAGGGAAUUAUAAAUAAAGAGCCUAAUUAUUUUAGGCCACUUUACCAAUCACUGUGUAAUCUCUUGGGAGUACUCUACCUACUUUGGGUAUCAUUUUACCAGGUAGCAUAAUAGAAGGUGAAAAUCUAACCCUUUAUUUUAUCCUGAUAAUCUCAUAAAGCAAACCUGACAUAUAUAUAUAU